CAGGACAGGGCCGGGCCUGGAACCUGGGCGCCCCUGGGGCUCUCCGGCCCUUCCCCUUCUCUGUGGGCUUGAAGUGCUGGGCAGGGGACCCGGGUCUCUCCUCCUGGACUUGGAGGCCCUAGACUGUGUGUUUCCUCUGCUCUCCGCAUGCCUGACCCGCUGGCCCCUGGAUGUUUUAAAGGAGGGCCAUCCAGCUGCUCUUACUUCCUUUUCUGUCCCCCCCCCAUUUACCCUGCCUGUCUCCACGCGGACCCCACCCCCAAGUCUCUGAGACCCUUGUUUUGUGUCCCAGGGAAUGGAAUUUCCUGGUCCCUCCUCAUCAUCGCUCGUUUCAUGCCAGUUCCCACUCACACUCCCUCCACCCAGUUCUGGCCAGUUCCCUGGAAAGGGAACAGAAAUGUCCUUGUUCCCUUCACUGCCCCUUUCCCUCUCUCCCCCCCCCUUCCACCUCUGUCCACUCAGCUGUGCGCAGGGAGGGGACCACUGGGGGAAGAGUCGGCCUGACUGGUGGUGUUGGGGUUUUCCUCCGAUUCUUCAUUGUUUUCUCGACUCCCCCCCACCCCCCAGCCUUACCACUUGCCACCAGCACCGGCUUGACAACCCUGUGAUGACAACCCUGUGACCGGCCGACUUCCCCACUGCCCGCAGCGCCCAGUCUGGACAGCGGGCUGCUUCUACCCCCUGCAGUGGCGGGAAGGGAAGGAAGAGACAGGCCCUGUCCCAGAGGCUGGGUCCGGGGUUGCUCCCGAGGCUGUUAAAUCAACCUCUCGCUCCUGAGACCAGGGUUCCAAGCCCACGGAGGACGUGACCAGCGCCCGCCGGCCCACCCUGCGCGCUGGCCCUGCUGGCCUCUCGGGCCGCGUCGCUGACCCUCACCGCUCACCUAAGGACUCUGAGGCCUGCAUCUUUGCUAGACACGUCCCUCUGAGUGAACCCCGUGUCUUACACCUGAGGGGAGUGAGGAGUGGGCGGUCGAAGCACCACAGAAGAGCCCCGGGGGCCUCCGGCGAGGAGUGAAACUGGAACCCUCAGGGAACAUGAGUGAAUUUUGGCACAAACUGGGCUGCUGUGUGGUAGAGAAACCCCAGCCGAAGAAGAAGAGGAGACGGAUUGAUCGAACCAUGAUUGGGGAACCAAUGAAUUUUGUCCACCUGACCCACAUCGGCUCCGGGGAGAUGGGGGCCGGAGAUGGACUUGCCAUGACAGGCGCGGUGCAGGAGCAGAUGCGGUCCAAGGGGAGCCGGGACAGGCCGUGGAGCAACCCUCGGGGCUUGUAGCUCGGACAGGAACGGUGGGUGAUGGAGGCCCCAACCCUGCACCGGGUUCUGCUGUCUUGAAGCCUCUGCUCUGUCCAGCCCCAAAGAGAUGCUGCCCCCACCCGCCCCACCCCCGCACCAGUGACCCGGGCCCCUGCCCCUCCCGCCUGAUAGUGCCUCAGAGGCUGGGGGCUGGGCUCCCUCCGCUCCCUCUGGCCAGCGCCCCUCCUGGAGACGGGUCAAGGCAGCAGGACUGACCACGAGACUACUGGUUGGCCAGAGGAGCUGGCUGAACCCUGGACACGCUGGGAUCUGAGAUAGGAGCUGGCAGCGCUCCCGCUCCUGCAUGACGGUCGUGGCGCCACCUGUUUCUACCCUCUUAACCUGGGCCUCCUGACGCGGGCGGGCGGGGAGGUUCCCAAAGCUGAGGCCGGCUCUGCCGAGAUGCUCCCUCCCCCCCUGCCUUCCUCUCUCCUCCUGGAACGAAACAGACAUCGAGCAGGGGCCGGGAGGGUCCUCUGCCUCGCCCGCUUUCUUGAAACCUCAGCCCUUAGAGCUCAUAGCCCCUCAGCAUUUCUGCCAGCGCCAGCCUCUUCCUCUACUGAGGCCUCUAGUCCAGUGUUUCUUAGCAUUACUAGCUCCGUAACAGCUUUUUCUUUUUUUAAAUUAAUUAAACAUUUAAUUUAAGAAGAGUUCUCUUAAUUACCCCAGCCUGCUGCUACCUCUGCCCUUAGCAUCAUCCCUGUUAGGACCUCAUUUUUCCCCACUGAAUAGGGGUCAAGAGGUGGACCUUCACCUGAUGACAUUCCACUUAAGUCUUGGAGACCUGGCCUGCCCUCUGUUACCCUCCCUGCUGGCCCAGGUGAGAGGAGGAACAAGGAUCUGGGGAGAAACCCAGCGAAACUAGGAGCGAUCUCAGCUGCGCUUCCUGGCCGCCGAGGAGGGGUGAGCAAGGCUGAAGGCUGUUGCCUGUGAGUUUAGGAAUCUUGAGCCCCUCCCAGCACAGGCCAAGGACCUCCCUCCAGAGCAAGUUUUUCAGUGCCUUCCGCACCCCAGCUGGUCACUCUGCACACUGGCCUGUGCAUUUUAGGGUGUUUGGUGGCUGCCCUGGUUCUGACAACCAAAAAUGUCCCCAGAUCUUGCCAAAUAUCACCCGGUCGAGAGCCUCUGCUCCAGGUCUCUUUCUCUUGAUUCCGCCCCCACCCCACCCCACCCCACCCCACCCCGUCCUGUUACUCACGAUGAACUCGGUCUCCUUACAGAGCAGGCCCGUUCCUCACUGCGCUUGCCUGGGUUCCUAUCUCUGGCGGAGACAGGUGGUUCCCCCCCCAUCUGGGCUUGUCUCUGGAGGAGGGGCCUUUGCCACACCGGGAGGUGUGAUGGGGGAUGUGUGGAGAGAAAAGCAUUAGAGCUGGAGACACCCCAGCUUCUCCAUGAAUUUCAAACUCUUUCUGUGCCCUGCCCUACAACUAGACUCAAAUAAGACUCAGGGAGUUUCAUGUGAACAGGCCUUCUCCUCCAGCUGAAACACCUGCUCUCGGGGGCAAAGCAAGGCGGCGCAGGGGCUCGAGGCACUUUGGUUUCUCGCAGGUGUUUCUGGUCCUGGCCCCUCUUGCAGGGCGGUGCAGCUGCAGAGCAGGGCGAUGAGCUCUCACCUGCUGAGAGGAGGGCCUCUCGUCAGCUCUGGGACAGGAAGCGUCCAGCGUGCGGGGAGUGGGGGUCGGGAACGAGACUGGGGCUCACUCUGCCGAGUCCACCGUCCAGCUGGCCCCACCUGCGGUGACUGGGGUUCUGUUUUCAGAUCUCAGUGCGUUUCCUGCCAUUCACUUGUCAGGGUCUGAGGUGGGUCCUAGAGGCGUGUGCCCGGUUUCCUCUCAGUUCCAGCCCUACAAGCUGCUCUGGUAGUAGCUCUGGGCUCGCAGGACAGGCCCCAGAGGAGCCCUUGCCUGUCUUCCAGCCGCCAGGAACGGCUCUCCCGUGCUCUUCGCGGUGCUCGCCCCUCCGCCGCCGCCCCUGCAGCGCGGUCCGGUGCCAUGGGUGCCGCCCUCGCUGUGACACGAGUCGGGGGAGUGCGCUCGAGUCAUAAUUUAUAUUCAAAAUUUGUUGGACUUUUAAAUACUUUUUUCAAAUAAAAGUUUAAGCGAAACAGUUGCACUGUGCUCAC